AUGGAUUCAGAUGAAUGGAAAAUCAUCCAUAUACCUGAUAAGCCUUCAUUCUCACCUGAGCAUCAGCCCAUUGUGAAGGUCUAUGCAAGUGUAAUCAAACCCAAAUUUGCCAAUACGUUAGUGAGACAUCUAUGUAAGAUUGCUCCUCUAGAAGAUCUUCGUCAUGUUAAAAGGGUGCGGAAGAAGAUACUUCCAGAUCAUGGUGAACCACAGUUGACUGUCAUAUUAUGCCUAGCCCCUGAGGGUGACAAUCAUUUGAACGAUUUGCCACAUGAUGUACAGAAACUCGUCGAUCCCUAUGAGUUGAGUCCUUUUAUUACAGAAGUAUGCAAAUAUGCUGCGGUAUCGAAAGAAGAAUGGGAAGAACAAUCUAAGAUAUGGCCAACUUCAUUUCAUCCUCCAACCUACAAUAUAGAUGGCAUUGGUGGAUUCAGUGAGGAGGAGACACAAUCAAUCUGCAAGUUCAUGAGACUUGCUAUUGAUCUGGCAGUAUCUAAUAAACCACUUGUGAAUGCUGCAGUGAUAGUUGAUCCUUCAGUUAGGCGGAUAAUAGCUAGUGAAACUGAUCAAGUGUACACAUCUUCUUCUCCUCGCGACAUGACUAGUGAGGAGACCAUUUUCUUCAAGGAAAGAGUGGAAGCUAACCACUGUCAGAGUAUUGACAGAGUGACUGACGACGCUAGCUCAGAGAUGUGCUUAAGUGGGAUACUUGAAAAACUGAAUAGUUCAUUGUCUACUGUUGCUUGUCUGAAUCCCUGGCAAUGGAGUGUGCAGCCAGAUGACAGUGAUAAGUGUACCCAAUGGCAUCCUCUAAGGCAUGCUUCCAUGGUUGCCAUCGAAUCUUCUUCUGCAAGGGAUAGGUUUCUGUUUCCCAAUUCAGUAGAGAGUUUUUGUCCGGAUCAUGCUCAACCCUCAAAUGCUGCUGAUUCUCCAGCUAAAAAGCAGAAAACAAGCAAUCACAGUCCAGAGACUCCAGACGUCCAAAAUGACAGGAAAGAAGAAGCUCAUUCAAUGGAGAGGCCCUACCUCUGCACUGGUUAUGACAUUUUCCUCCUAUGGGAGCCUUGUCCAAUGUGUGCUAUGGCGCUUGUGCAUCAAAGAGUAAAACGGAUUUUCUAUGCGUUUCCAAACCCCACUGCUGGCAGUCUCGGCAGCGUUCAUAGACUUCAAGGAGAAAAGAGUUUAAACCACCAUUAUGCAGUGUUCAGAGUUUUGCUGCCUGGUUAUGACCAUAAUGCACUUGACCAGAGUCAUAAUUGUAUUACAAGUACUGUUUAUGGAAGCUGA